CUGGUUUGUCACCAGUGGCGCAUGGCUCGGAGCUCCACCCACCCGCAAACGCGCCCAGAGAGUGCGAAGCGGUUGCGCGGCGGCGUGAGCAAGCCGCCCGCACGAGCGCCGUCGCGGGCUGCGAACGGCUCCAGGCGGAAGCGGUCAGCAGCCACGGAGGUCGGGACCGAGCCCAAGCGGGUCCUGUGGGCGCCGGAGGAGGACGAGAAGCUGCGGCAGCUCGUACGUGUGCACGGCGAGAAGAGCUGGGCGGUCGUGGCGACCGAGAUGGCCUCUCGCAGCGGCAAGCAGUGCCGCGAGAGAUGGCGCAACCAGCUCCGCCCCCUCAACAAAGGCGCGUGGACCGCCGAGGAGGACGCCGAGGUGUGGACCCGCGUCCAGGAGAUGGGCACGCGCUGGGCGCAGAUCUCGUCGCAGCACAUGCCGCUUCGCACCGAGAACGACAUCAAGAACCGGUGGAACUCCCUCGUCCUCAAGCCCUGCCACCCGGCCGGAGCCAGCCAACCGCGAGGGAGACGCCGCCUCCCGCCUCGACAGCCUGCCCGGACGCUUCCUGGACCGUUCCCGUAGGCCGGCCGUGGACGCCGGCCGAGAUGCGGAUGCGCGAGGAGGUGCUCACCGGCGGCGGGAGCGGAGGCGGCGCGGGCCGCCAGCGCGGCCGCCAGCGUCGCACCAACGGCAGCGGGCUCCGGUUCGAGGGCGCGGCCUCGUCGGCCCUCGCCGCCGGAGAGGAGGCGCGGCGCGUCCGCUGGGGCGGCGCGGAGGCGGGGGUGGAGGAGGAGGGCGGC